AUGGCUGUCUUGUUGCUGCACAUAUCAGCAGAAUUGACGUCUAGCUCAUCUGGAUCUGGUAAACGUAAGGGUACCACAGAGACUAGGUUGCUCAAAAAGGUGAAGGGUAAUGUCUUCAUGAACAAGUCUGUGCUGAUGAAGAACAUUCACAAAACAAAGGCUGAAAAGGCUAGGGAGAAGAAUUUGUCAGACCAAUUUGAGGCCAGAAGGACAAAGAACAAAGCAUGCAGGGAAAGAAAGUUUGCAAGGAGAGAGGAGUCUUUGGCUCAGGGAUUAGAGGAGAGGCCAGUACAACCUGCAGCAGUGGAUGCGGUCACCACCUAA